UUCUUUUAUUUUUUAAAUAUUCAUUUUGAAAAUACUAACUACAACUAUCGAAUAACUAUAUAACAAAUACGUUAGACAUUGGAUUCUCUUAUCUUGAUCUUUCUUGGGUAAAUGAUAGUUAUGGACAGGUGUGCAUUUCGUUGACAAGAUGAACAUGUGUAGACGUGAGGUACACUGACAAUUUAGAACAAUAAUUAUCUAAUCUAAUCAAUUUAAGCUAUCAACGCGUUGUCGUCUUGUACCUGAUAGCAUUAUUAAUGUAUGAUGAUUAUAACUGUAAGAAUAAGAUUAAUAUAAUCCAUCAUCAUCAUAAACGUAUGUCUUAAAGAACAGUAUCUAACAAAUUGACAUAAUUAUCUACUAAAUAUUAAAAAUAUCAUUCAGCGAAUUUAAUUUUACCUAAUCGUACUCGAUCGUCCGCAAUUAUGAACAAUUUCUUUAUGAAGUUAGAAGUAUUUGAAAUUGUUUUAAUUAAUUUAUUUAAAAAAACUACAGGAAAAGGUAAUUUUUCAGCAUACACAGGAAUUCGUUGACAAUAAAUAUCUUUUAAGAAACUCUUAUCGGAUUUGGAAAAAUUAUUUAAUGACAAGAUAAAAUUACAUUACAAAGCGAUUGUUCAUUGAGUGUGAUUUAUUGAAAAUGAAACAGAUGAUAACCGGAUAUUAUUUGUGAUAUGGGAUCAGUUGUAGAAACUUGAUCAGUCGGGGUUUUGAUGCGAAUGAAAGAAGGUGAAAAGGGAAGACGGUACUUUUAUCAGCUAAAUUGGACAGAACACAAUGGCAAAGGAAAAUAAAGAGGCUGAGAGGGAGAUUCAAAAUCAAUCGAAGGAUCUUGAGAGUACCGAGGAGAAGCUCAAGUAUCCAAAAGCUGUAUUCUUCAUCGUCACCAAUGAAUUCUGCGAACGAUUCUCCUACUAUGGAAUGCGAACAAUUCUGGUGUUGUAUCUACACAACAAACUCAACUAUGACGAUGAUACAGCUACUGUCAUCUAUCAUAUUUUCACUAUGCUCGUAUACUUCUUUCCAUUGUUGGGAGCCAUGCUUGCAGAUUCUUUACUUGGAAAAUUCAAAACGAUAUUUUACGUGAGCAUGAUUUAUGCCGUUGGACAAUUGCUUCUAUCAGCAAGUGCAGCGCCGCCGCUAGGGUUGCCAACAGCAGAAAUUUCUUUCGUUGGUUUACUUCUAAUUGCAUUGGGAACUGGUGGAAUAAAGCCGUGUGUAUCUGCUUUUGGCGGUGACCAAUUCAUCCUGCCACAGCAAGAACGCUACUUAUCUGUCUUUUUCUCCGUAUUUUACUUCGCUAUUAAUUCAGGAUCAUUGAUAUCCACUUUCGUUACUCCAAUUCUAAGGAGCGACGUUUCCUGUUUUGGGGAGAAAACUUGUUACUCAUUGGCAUUCUUCGUUCCAGCAAUUCUCAUGAUAUUUUCCAUAAUUAUCUUUAGAAUAGGGAAGAACUUGUACAUUAUCAAAGAUCCUGAAGGAAACAUUUUGUUUGAAGUGAGCAAAUGCAUCUGGCAUGCAAUCAGCAAGAAGUGCUGCUCGAAGAAAGUACAUAGAGAGCACUGGCUUGAUCAUGCUGAUGAUAAAUACGACAAAAAGCUUAUUGAGGACAUUAAAGCAGUCGUACAAGUUCUUAAGCUUUUCCUUCCUCUACCAGUAUUCUGGGCCCUUUUCGAUCAACAAGGAUCGAGGUGGACAUUCCAGGCUACAAGGAUGAAUGGUGAACUGGGUAGUUACACUAUAAAAGCUGAUCAAAUGCAAGUCGUCAAUCCACUCCUGAUUCUUGCCUUCAUUCCACUCUGUGAAAGUUGCAUCUAUCCGCUUUUGACAAAAAUUAAACUCAUUAAUACUCCAUUGAAGAAGAUGGUGACCGGUGGAUGUUUGGCUAGUUUGGCAUUCAUUGUUUCUGCUCUGGUUGAAUUGAAAUUGGAGCCAACGUACGCGGUAACCCCAUCUGCGGGUUUUGCGCAGUUUAGAAUAUUUAAUACCUUGAAUUGUACCAUUCCUAUGACUAUCGGCAAUGAAACAGUCGCCUUAAAUGGUCUAAGCUAUUGGGAGGAUAAGUAUGUUGAAGCAUCCGGUAAAGCAUCUGUGAGUUACACAGCUAGCUUUGCAGCUUGCAGUUUAGUAGGACUUUCAAAUGAGAUUGGUCAAUCUUCAGGAACUCUUGAAGGUCCAGAGGCAACAGCCACAUCCUGGGCAGUAACGAGAACCGGAUUAAGUUACCAAUAUGAAGAUAAAGUUGAUAAAACAAAGACUGGUAAACCAGCUGUGCGCGGUUUAAUUUUUUUAGAUGGCUACAUGUCGAAUACGGCUAGUCUACGGUUUAUAAAAAAUUCAAAAACGGCGUUAAAUUUAAAAAUAAAUUCGACAUUCAGCGAAUCGAAAUUGAUGGAACUUGACGAUGGGACUUAUGACAUUUAUCUGGAUAAUGAUUUAGUUCAGUCAUCAGUAGCUAUGAAACUGGGCGGUAUUUACACAGUCGUAGGAUCCUUGUCGAAUUCGACUGCUAGAGCUAAUACAAUAACAGUAACAGAACCAAAUUCCAUGCAUAUGUUAUGGCUAAUUCCACAGUACGUUAUUUUGACGCUGGGCGAAGUCAUGUUCUCAAUAACCGGAUUGGAGUUUGCUUUUACGCAGGCUCCAGUCAGUAUGAAAUCCAUUUUAACUGCUGGCUGGCUACUGACCGUCGCUUUUGGAAAUCUUAUUGUUGUUAUUGUGGCGGAAGUCUCUUAUUUUAACAGCCAGGCCAGUGAAUUCUUUCUCUUUGCUGGACUUAUGCUUGUCGACAUGCUGAUAUUUUCCCUAAUGGCCAAAUUUUACAAAUACGUCGAAAUACCUGACGACGAAUCUCAAAAUGGAGAUAUUGCAUUGGAGAAUAAAACAGGCACGGUAAACGAAUCCUUCAGGGGAGAUGAUGAGAAAUAAUAAUGGAUAUUAACCACAUGAAAGCGAAGAACAUUUUGUUCAUGCCAAACGCGUAUUGAUGUAUAUAUUUUAGAAUUUUAUUGGAGUCGCCGUAGGAGAUAAUGGUAAAGAGAGCCAACUGACGAGUGAAACCCAACUCUGCGCCCAAUAACUCUACAGAAAAUUUUCGAUUCUCUGCACGAUAAUUUUCGUGUAGAGUUAGUGUUUGUCAAAGUGGCCUGUGCAAAGUUAGGUCCCACUCUAGUCGUACGUGUAUUUCAUGUCUGACACAAAACUUAUGAAAAAUCAAUCCCUUUCUAAAUCUCUUAUACUAAUUUAAGUGUAGGUCUUAUGCAUACCGUUCUCAGUAACUGUCAGACACACAAUUCUAUAAAGCUGGUGCACCUCUUCACUCGUAUUUCCUCGGUGUUACAGUUGUACAUAAUUGAUACUCAGAGACUAUAUUCAUCUGGAUUGUGUAUAGAGUACCUAUUAUUCAUAAUGAAAAUAAAAAUUAUUUAAUACAA